CAAGAGCACUGGGACGAGGGAGUUUCGUACGUCAAGCUCCUGCUUUGUGCCUUCAGCUUCAAAUAAUAAACCCCGCUGUCAUGGCUCAAGCCCUGACGCAGACAAUCUACAGGGAUCCAGCCCUGUUCUACUGGAUCCUCUUCCCAAUUACCGUGGUUAUGAUCUUGACCGGUAUUCUACGCCACUACGGUACUGUUUUGCUCCAGGCAGCUCCCAAAAAAGAAGACAUUAAGGGCCGCCGGGAAACGCGGUCCUUGCUACGGGGCAUCACACUUCGCAACAAUGCGCCUGUACUCUCUCGAUCCUCAUUCCAGGCUCGCAAGAACUACAUUAUCCCCGCAUACCAAUCGGGCCAGUUCCUCAAGGACCCCGACGCCAAGGGCCAACCGCCGCCAAACCCAAUGACGGAUCCCGCAGGCAUGGAGCAAAUGAUGGGCAUGAUGAAGGGAAACAUGGCGACCAUGAUCCCGCAGACGUUGAUCAUGAGUUGGAUCAAUUCAUUUUUCUCAGGAUUCAUCAUCAUGAAACUCCCUUUUCCUUUGACUAUUAGAUUCAAAUCAAUGCUGCAGUCCGGAGUGGCAACUCGCGAUCUCGACGUCCGUUGGGUAUCUAGUUUGUCGUGGUAUUUCCUCAACCUGUUUGGGUUGCAGUCUAUUUUUACAUUUAUUCUUGGAAAUGACAACGCUGCAAACCAAAUGGCAGCGCAAAUGGCGCAAAUGAACCCUGGCGCCGGCGCCGGCGGCUUGUUCGCGCCAGGCCAGGACCCCGAUAAAAUGUUCCAGAACGAAGCCGAGAAUCUGGAAGUCUUGGAGCAUUGGACCGUGCUUGAUGGAGUCGAAGAGCGUCUCUUGGAUGAUUUGGACAUUGUGUAAACUACGCUCAAGCUAUGAAAAAAUGGUAUGGGACAGGCGGAAUAAAGCUUUUUUUUUUUCUUGGCACUGUAUUAUGCAUAGACGGUUUAUAUUACACAUGUGCAGAAAACGAAAAAUUAGAUUUUAUCAGGUUUUAUCCAAUCUAGCAAGUCUAGCAAAGUUCCGAGU